AUGGACCGCCAGAACCGCGGCCAGGUGGAGGGCGGCGCUGCCGCGCGCCAGCCAGCCGACGAGCUCAAGAUCACGCCCGGCCAGAACCUGCAGCCGUUCGUCGACAUCUCCACGCCCUCGCCGCACGCCCGCCAGUCCAAUGGCAGGUCCAACAGCAAGAGGGGCAGCAUGAAGGACAAGCGCGUGCCAGGACCGCCUCCGCCCCCGCCCCCGCCGUCGUUCGGACACCCGUCCAUCGGCAGCAGCCACCCGAGCAUGGUCUCCUCGUUCCGGAGCACCGCCAAAUCCAACUUCAUGGAUAGCAGCCAGUUCAUUAACCCGAGCGCCACGAACACACACAUCAUCGGGUGCGGCCCGCCCAAGAUGAGCGCCAACUGCAAGAGCAGCCGCGGCCCCCGCCGCCGACCCAACGUCCAGGCCAUGCUGGGCGCCUCCAUGGUGCGCCAGAGUCUAGCGCGCGCGUCCAAUCUGUCCUCAUUCGCUGGAUCCCGGUACGGCCCGCAGCCCGGCUCCGACGUCGUGUCGGUGCCGGUCUUGGGCGACUGCAACUUCGAGCAGAAGUACACCGUCGCAAUGAGCAUGGAUGAGCAUGCGAUGCACGCCAACGACCCGUCGUACACCCCCAUGGAGAAGCUGCACGCACUCCGCGAUGUUAUGAGCAGCAUCACCAGCAAGGGCGGGUACAUCGAGCGCGAGACGUUUUCGCAGACCUUCGAACUGAAUGGCGACGAUUUCGAUGGAUACGCCACGGGCAAUGGAGCGAUCGACGGUAACGCCAUCCUAAUCGACGCCGUUAUGGACCUCAAUGUGGAUGGCGAGGAGAAACUCCGCUUCAUCUUUGAAACACUCGACCCGGACAACUCGGGCUACGUGAUCGAAGACCAGAUCGUCCAGCUUCUCGAGUCAAACUUCUCCGCCGCUCACCUAGACGUGGUUGGCACGGACUUCAAGACGGUGGCCAAGCUCAUGUUCCGCAAGGCCCAAGUAAAGAAUGAGUCCAUGACGUACGAACAGUUCAAGACGGUGUUCGCCCCGUACAUCAACGACUCGUACAACCUCCGCAAGUCAGCACCCGUUUACACGGCGCCUAUCCGCCCCAAGAGCAAGUUCGGCGCCUGGUACAGCGCCAACAAGCUGCGUAUCUGGUGGCUUUUGUUCUACGCCAUUCUCAACAACAUCGCCUUCUGGGUCAAGUGGUUCUCUUACGACGUUGACCCCGCUAUCGGUUGGGGACUUCGCAUCGCCCGUGCAAACGCCCAAGUUGCCAUGGUCAACUGCGUGUUCGUGCUGCUGCCCAUGUGUCGCUCCAUCACGCAGGUGAUGAAGCGCAGCCGCAUCCUUUGGCGCUACAUCCCGUUCGACGACAGCAUCGCGUUCCACAAGAUUGCGGGUAGCGUUCUCCUGACCGCUGGCCUCAUUCACACGAUCGCCCACGUCUUCAACGAGAUCUACCUGUACCUGGUUGCCACCCCGGAAGAGAUCAAGCGCUCGAUCUUCGUGACCCGUCACGUGUCUUCCUUCGUGAACGGCGAACGCCCUCCGUUCAUAACGAUGUUGCAGUCACUUCCAGUGUGGACGGGUGUGAUUCUUCUGGUGAUCACGUGCAUCUCGUUCCCGCUUGCUGCCAUCCCCAAGUUCCGCCAGGGCAAGUUCAACGUCUUCUGGUACUCGCACAUGCUCUUCGGACCGUUCCUCCUCGUGUUAUGCUUUCACGGUGCCUGCUCGUGGCUCGCUCGCAGCUCUUCCUACAUCUGGAUCACGCCUCCGUUCUUGAUCUACUUGAUCGAGCGUCGAUUCCGCUACGCCAAGAUGUUUGCUGCACCUGUGCGCAUCAUGGAGGCCAUGGAGCUGGACGGCACGGUCGCGCUGUUCAUGGAGAAGCCUCGUCGUUUCGUGUACCGCCCGGGCAUGUACAUGUUCGUCAACUGCCCGCUCAUCUCGUCUCAUGAGUGGCACCCGUUCACGAUUUCGUCGGCCCCCGGCGACAACUACAUCAGCGUUCACAUUCGUGUGUGCGGUGACUGGACGCAAGCUUUGGCUCGGGUGAUCGCUGAUUGCCAUGAGCGUAAGGUGCUGUACCCGGAUAUCCACCUCGAUGGCCCUGUCGGUGCCCCAACCCAAGACUACCACCGCUACAAGACGGUCAUCUGCGUCGGCGGUGGUAUCGGUGUUACUCCGUUCGCUUCGAUUCUGAAGGAUGUCGUUCACCUGUGGGAGGCCAACCGCUGCCCGAAUUGCAGUCACGUUCGCCACCCAGGCUCGUUCAAGAUCCAGAAGCUCUACUUCCACUGGGUGACCCGCGGACAGGAAUCGCUGAGCUGGUUUGAAGAAACGAUGAACCAGAUCGCCGAAAUGGACCGCGACAAUGUGAUCGAGACGCACCAGUACUUGAGUACCUUGAAGGGAAGCGAGAACACCUCGCAGCUCAAGAUGUUCCAGGAGUUCGUGCACGAGCAGACUGGCAAGGAUUUCGUGUCGGGUCUCAGCACCAAGCAGCUGACCCAUUUCGGCCGCCCGGACUGGGACAAGGUCUUCUCCGAGGCCAAGGCCAACCACCCUGGCGAGGAAGUCGGUGUGUUCUACUGCGGCCCCCACGCCCUCGAGGAGAUUCUCGACAACACGUGCAAGAGGUAUUCGUCCUCGGACCCCAACGGCACGAUUUUUGACUUCCACUCGGAGAAAUUCUCAUAG